AUGGCACCAAAACACCGUCCAGCGACCUCGGGCUACGCCCGUCUCUCUCAGGCAGAUGCCCACGAGUAUCUUGAUGAGUCUGAUGAUGAAAACCAGCGCCCGUUCCCGUCGAUGCCGUCGAACUCCGGCCGAUUCGCCCCCAUUCAAACCCACGGCCUCAGACAUGACCCAUCAGACGUACACUAUAGACGCAAUCAUGGGCGGAACCGGACUCGCAGUAACUCUUCCGGAGUUGAUAUCAAAGCAAUUAACAUGCGAUUGGAGAAAUGGGCUGAGGAAAUUGCCUCGAAGUUCAAGAUAAAUCGGGUCCACGGGAAGACGUCCGAGGAAGAGGAACUCGAAAUACACCACUCUGUCUUCCAGCCUCUGGAUGGCAUACGGCCAGUCACGGCGGCAUCACUGGAAUCCACUGAUCAAGGUGGCAGUGAUCGAAUGACAAAGGCCGAGUUCGAGCAAGUCGUAGACAGUGUCAGGACGGCUAUCGAACUCGGUGUUCACCCAAAGAUGAUCUCGCAGGGUAGCUCUGGCAGUUACUUUGCGAGAAAUGCUCAAGGGAAGGUUGUUGGUGUGUUUAAACCCAAGGAUGAGGAGCCAUAUGCCUCACGAAACCCGAAAUGGACUAAAUGGAUACAUCGAAAUCUGUUUCCAUGCUGUUUUGGCCGUGCUUGUCUUAUUCCCAACCUUUCCUACGUUUCGGAGGCUGCUGCGUAUGUUAUCGACACCCAACUGCGAACACACCUCGUUCCUUACACCGAUAUCGUCUACCUUUCCUCGAAAUCUUUCCAUUACGACUUCUGGGACCGACGGAAAGCCUGGUAUAGCAGACGGCCGUUGCCCCCUAAGGUAGGAAGCUUCCAGGUCUUCUUGAAAGGCUUCAAAGAUGCAAAUGUAUUCCUCCGAGAACAUCCUUGGCCGGAUCAACCAACUACCGGGUUCCGUGCCGAGGACGCUCCUCGCAAGAAGAACAGAGGAUGGAACGAUACCUGUGCUCCAUCUGGUGCUCAAUCUGACGACGAGGAUGGCGAGGAAAAUCGUCGAAUGCUGGGAGCAAACACACCACAGGACAGUUCUGGCCAUCAUAAAUUCCAUUGGACUGAAAACUUGAAGCAAGGCUUCCGAGAAGAGCUUGAGAAGCUGGUUAUUCUAGACUACAUCAUGAGAAAUACAGAUCGUGGCCUCGAUAACUGGAUGAUUAAGAUCAACUGGAACACCGAAGAGGUUUCUAUUGUUUCAGACCCCGUUCGUCUGAACGAAACUGACCAUCUCGGUGAUGACGAGCCAACGCCGCCUGCUCGCCCUGUUUCUGUAAACUCGCAGGGAAAGCCCUCGCGAAAUGCCCCAUAUAGACGUCAGGACGCAAUGACAGCAACUAGUCGCGCUGGAACGCCAUUGAAUGCAGCCGAGCUGGCUCAGGCCACACUUUCAAUCGGAGCUAUUGAUAACAGUUUAUCCUGGCCCUGGAAACAUCCUGAUGCUUGGCGCAGUUUUCCGUUUGGUUGGCUCUUCCUCCCAGUUUCUCUUAUUGGCCAGCCGUUCUCUCAAAAAACUCGUGAACAUUUCCUGCCUCUCCUCACGUCUACUGCUUGGUGGACAGAGACUCAAACCGCCCUUCGGGCUGUGUUCAGCCAGGACUCGGAUUUCAAGGAAAGCAUGUUUGCCCGACAAAUCGCCGUUAUGAAGGGCCAAGCAUGGAACGUUGUUGAAACCCUGAAACAGCGUGACCACGGACCUCUUGAACUUACUCGAAGGACUCGAGUAUGCGUCUGGGAUGACCUGGUAAACAUCCCUGUAGCGAUCCCACUUCGUGCCCCCUCAACCGAUGCCAGUAUGCACCGAGCAAACGGGAGGAAUCAACUCCACGAGGAAAUGGAUAUUGGAGCCGCUAUUUCCACAGAGCCUCGUGCCCAUAGGGACCUCUUGAGCUUCGGAUCACCCACAAGUGAACUGCCCAAUCCUAAUCGUUUCGAGCUGUCUCGUGACCGGGCAUCAAUGGACUCGAAUACCGCAGACGGCUUAGUGAGCCCAAGGUCGCUCGACACUUCUCGUCUGCGCAACAUUGAGAAUUUCGAAGAUGGUGGCCGGAAACUCGCCACAAGCUGGGCAUCCACGGCUCCACGACAACACGCCCAACAUUCCAGGCGCAGGUCACACCUCGGCGGUAAAUCGCCGACACAUAAGAAACGCAACUCCCUCUCACAACGCCGGGACAGUGCGUUCGACUUUGGCGCCGACGACCUUGAGGGUGACCUCGGCUAUGCCGCCGCGGAGGAGAUGGACGGCCACGAACGCAAGGUGAUCGUCGAGAGGCUCGAGACAGUCAAGAGCAAAAACCCCGUCUUCACCUGGUGGUGA